AUGCCACCAAAGCCCAUCAAAAAUGCGCAAAGUGUCGCCAAGCCUCAACUCCUGAUCACGAAGCCCCGACAGUCGAAGCGAACAGCCAGCCGCGCACCGAAUGCAGCGAAUCUCGAUCGUAUCAACAGUGACACUGCCGACGGCAGGAAGAUCAUCUCGUCGCCAAGCAAAAACAUGCCGCCGAAGUACAUAGCGCAAAAGGACUUCGUACUCUCCGACCUUUCGGUGCCGUUUGACGAGAGCGUCACCCUCACGACGCAGGCGACUCACGAGUUCCUGCAGCACGUUCCGGUGCUGUGCUCCCGAUGGCAAGGGCCCGUCUCGGUGGCCGUGUACGCGCCGGGAACCGCCUACGCGGUGGCGCUGGACAAGAUCGCCUUCCUACGCCACUGUGACGACCCGUGCGUGAGCGCGAACUUGUCGUGGCACGUGGUUUUUGACAAAACGCACGAGUUUGCAACUCGAGGAGCAUCAUCAUCGUCACAAAGAGCAGCCAGCGUGCUCGCAGUGCUCGCGGCAAUGUUCUUCGCCUUCGCGCUCUCGGUCUCGCUGAAGAGACUCAAAAGACGGCGCGUAGCCGUCGCGCUGCUGUUCGUCAUCGGCCUGGCCGCGAUCAACGCCGUCCAACACUACAACCGGCGUGCGGCAGCACUGCGGAGGCUGGCCAAACUGGGCGACCCCUACCGCGAACCGCAUCACCUGCCGCCUACAAACCCAGCGGAACCGCAAGUCCAACGAAUCCGACGGCCGCUCGUCGAUUCCCCGUCCAAAGUCUUGGCGGACGACCACACACGCGCUGCGACGCGCCCCUCUUGCGUCGAGGAGCGCGACCGGCGCCACGCCUGCUGGGAACGCCGGCGGAAAAUGCGCUGCAGCUACGCAGCCGAGAGCGGCGUCGACUUCGUCGUGCACGAAAACUUCGUCGCGGGCGACGACUGCCCACCGGCUUACGCCGAGAACGUCACGCUGGUCACGCACGCGACGUACGGGUUCCUGCGGCACGUCGCGGAGCUGUGCGACCGCUGGCAGGGACCGCUGUCCGUGGCCGUGUUCGCGCCCGGCACCGACACGGGCAGGGCCCUCGCCUGGAUCGACUUCCUGCGCCGCUGCGGUCGCAAUGCGUGCGUGAGGAGAUCCGUGACGUGGCAUCUCGUCUACGAUCGAGAGCACACUCCUGCGUCACUCACGCCAGGAACGUCGCACUCGUCGUACUCCAAGAACGUCAGCGGAAAUCGCCCGUGCUCCUCUGUGCCCGCGCAGGAAGGCGUCUCCAGUUUUCGGCGGCGGCAAAGAAUACCGUACCCAAUCAAUGUUCUGCGCAACGUGGCUCGAAGACUGGCUCCAACACAUUACGUCCUCGUGCAAAACGUGCGGCUCUACCCAAGCACGGGUAUAGUGCCACGUUUCCUGAAUCUCGUGGCGGAAGAGCGACGCCUGCACUCCCUCCGAAGCGACGGCCAAGAAGUGUACGUGCUACCCGUAUUCGCGAUGACGGCGCGGGCCGGUGACCCUCAGGUGCAACAGCGACCGCCUCGGAGCAUGCGCGAGCUGCAGGAUGCGCUCAAGUCCCGAACGGUGGUGCCGUGCAACGACUCGUCGCACGGAGGCGCGCUGUUGUGGAGUCCCUUCUACUCGGCCGUGAUGAAUGCCUCUGCCGAGCCGUGGAACGCCGGUCCGGCCAGCGUAAAAGGGAAGCGCCUGAGAGUCCAGACGACAGUCAAGCGCGACAGAGGUGUCUUGUUGUGGGAGCCCGUGUUCCUGGGCACCAGGGACGACCCUACCUACGGCGAAAGCCUGACGUGGGAAGGGGGCCACGAGAGGGUGUCUCAGGGAUACGCGAUGUGCCUCGAGGACUACGACUUCCACAUGCUGGAGGAUGCCUUCCUCGUGCAAGUUCCUAAACCGACCGGUGCUGCCGGCGCCGUGGUUCGGACCGGCAGCGGCUAUCCCUCGCUGCAGAACGCGUUCAGCUUGCACCGUUUCAAGGACUCGCUCGGGUCUCUAUACCCCGUCGGACGGCGUGCGAUCUGUUAAAACGCUGGGCAGUCUGUGCAGCUAGGUUAAAGGGAUUCAGAUAAGCGCGGUGAUUCCAGUGUGCGAGUGGUGUGGGGGAGGGGAAGGACUGCAUCACAAGGCGUGUCCCAUAUCGGCUGCAUGCAAGAAAAUAAGACAUCUAGAUCUUGGGACUUAAAGGUAAUAUACAUAGGCGUCGAUGAAGAUAAGUGGACAAAUAUGCUGUUCUCGAAUUGCACAAUGGAGUGAUGACUUUACUCGGCGGAUCGAUGAUAUGCGAAUCACCGCUUGCACUGUCGUCACAAAGGCACUGCUACAGAUAAUAAACGCAUCACGACAUAUUUCUUUGUUAGCAAUACGUGAGUGACAAUGCAUGAUUGCAGAUUUAGUAUACAUGAAUACAGGUUCACAAUAUAUGACUUUCGUGACGCUGCAGACGAAAGGCGACAAAAUUCCAAAUAGGGCCUCUAGCACCACACUAUAUAUACGUUCACCACUUAACGGCAUUGGAGAAAAAAAAGAAAAUACAAAACGGUUAGCCACGAAAACACGCUGUAAGCAAACUUUUUAUAUCAGCUUGGCGGGUGGGCACGCAAGGCAUGAACUGUCGUCAACGAAGACUGUUUUAGUUAUUUCUCGGGUAUUUCUCGAUGUGCGGCGCUGGGCAAUAAAUCGGGCUUAAAACCUGUUGCACCGGCUCUUUCCUACGUGUACAGACGCGGUCGCACUCUUUCGAAGAAUGACACAAUGCACAGUGUCA